ACUCAGUGUUUCCCGUGUGAACGCGACAGUGUUUAGCAGCUGGAAGAAAAGAAACCGCUAACGAAUUGCAACCAAAAAGACGUUUAGAAUUUAUUUUCACAAGUUUAUUUGAAGAAUAAUUGCUAAUUUGUGUUUGAUUUAUAUGGUUAGGUGUUUAAAUAAUCAAAAGAAAGUGCUCCAAUGCUGGAAAUACAGUCGCAAUGAAACGAGCCCUACCUUCUUUUUUGCAUGCUAGAGAAAACAGCGUAGACCGUAGGAUGCGUCCUCGGCCAAACACGCGCGUCAACUUGGAAAGUCUAAUGUCGAACGACAGCCAGAGUUCAUCCUCGCGCUCUUCGUCGCCAUCUCACAGAAGCAGCUCGCCGAUAGCGGCGGAAAGCGCCCCACAAGAGUCCGCCAAGGAUAAUGACACGGUUAGGGUGUGCCUUCGUUUGCGACCGCACCUGCGGAGUAAUCCGUAUAAAGCGGCCUUUAGGAUCCAUGAGAACUCACUCUUGGCCAAGAAUGUCGAUGACAAUUCCACCGAGCGGCAGUACACGUUCAGCGAGAUUUUCGAUGAUACCGUGUCGCAAGCCGAGGUCUACGACAGAUGUAUUAAGCCGGCUAUGCGGAACAUCUCUGGUGAAAGAGGCGCUACUUUUCUAACCUACGGAACAUCUGGGUCAGGGAAAACUUACACGUUGCUUGGGAAUCAUGCCAAUCCUGGCAUUGUACCAAGGGCCAUUGAGCAAGUCUUUAUGGAGAAUGCCAACAGCAUCUCACCACAUCCUGGUCUAAAGGUAGACAAGAAUGCGGUAAGUUUCCUGGACGAUGACUCCGUUUGCCGGGAACUGAAAAAGGUAGAAUCCAUGAAGAAAAUGCUUCAAUACCACGAUGCAAGUCACUCCAGGAUGAAGGCCAUCAUUCGAAAAGAACACGACUUUCAACCGUCAAAAGAUCCGGAUAUUCGGGUGUUUAUUUGGGUUUCCUUUGUUGAAAUCUACAACGAGAACGUAUACGAUCUGCUGGGCCAGGAUUCGAUUUUCGGCAAGAGAAAGCCAAUGAAAAUUCUUUCCAACGAAGGAAACGCUUACAUAAAGGAUCUUUCCUGCGUUUUCGCCGGAAGCAGCGAGGAUGCCUACAACAUUCUGCAAUUUGGCUUGCAAAGCGCAACGUACGGAUCGACGGAUGUCAACAGCAAUUCUAGUCGAUCGCACAGUAUCUUCUUCAUGACUGUGGUUUCGUAUUCGCUCACAAAGCAGCUCAUCAACUAUUCCGUCUACAAAUUCUGUGACCUGGCCGGAUCUGAACGUCUUAAAAAGACCGGCAAUUUCGGAGACCGCCUAAAAGAAGCACAGAAGAUCAACACCUCGCUGAUGGUGCUCGGGAGAUGUUUGGAAACUGUUCAUAAAAAUCAGAAAUCCAAGAAACUGGCCGAGCUGGUUCCAGUCCGUGAUUCCAAACUUACCAUGCUGAUCCAGUCGGCGCUUCUUGGCAAAGAAAAGCUCUCCAUGAUCGUCAAUCUCUAUCCCACUGAAGAGUACUACGACGAGAAUCUGAACGUGCUGAACUUCUCGUCUAUUGCCAAACAAAUUGUACUCCAACGGAAACCGACCCAACGGCGAGACCGAACUACACGCUUUUCCUUCUUCCUGGCACAAGCCACGAGCAGCCCUUCGGCUAGGAUCGAUUGCAAUCAACUUAUGGUUGAGAACGAAAGACUAAAACAAGAACUGGCAUACGAAUCGAACGUCUACCGGGAACAGCUGGCGGACAAGGAACUGGAAAUUCAACUGCUGAAACGGGAAAUCCUCGAUCAGGAACUUCAAUUGCGCAACGAGCUGACGGACGAUUUCGAGUCGUACUGUGUGCAACGCGAGGCCACAUUCCAAACACGGCUCAAACAGGCACAGGAGGCCGCUAUUCUGCCCUACAAACUGCAGAUUACUAAUUUGAAUGCUAAAAUAGAGCACCUUAAGAACGUCAUCACCGAUAUGGAGUACGAAGAGGACGAAUACGAGAAGAAACUCAAUGCCUACCAGGAAGAGCUCCAGAAGUAUCGCGAAAAGGAAAAACGCACGAGAAGAUUGUCAUUGUGAAUACUAGAUUCUAAUAGGUUAUCGUUUUUAAUGUUAGAUCCAUAUUUCUUUAUAAUAAUGAUCAACUUUUUUCGUCAUA